AUGACUCGAUUUCGGCGGUUCAUUAUCGAUUCGAGAUAUCCGGAUAUCGAUCUGUUGGUUAGUGUUGGGGUUUCCUUGGCGUCCUUCGACAGGGAAAUCACAGUUAAUUUCAAGACGAGAAAAAAAAAGGUAUUUAUUCAAAGAAUUGGUGCUUCAUCGAAAAGGACAACCAUCGCUCCAUCUGGUGAGAUAUCCCUGUGGCUGCCAGUCAAACCGAUGCGUCCGUCACGUGUGGUACUCCUCAUCCUGGGGUUCAUCGUGGUAACCAGAUGUCACCCCCACGAAGGAAGGAUCUAUUUCCCUGAUGAAGUAAAACCGGUGGAAGAGGAGGGUAUAUUUGAUCGAGCACUAUUCGUAGUUCCCGUUAAGGCUUGCCCGCCAGGACACAGAAGGAUACGCGGACAAUGCAGACUAGUAUUCUCUUCCUGAUAUUGUG